AAUUGCUACGGAAUCAGCGGCACAAAGCAUGGCCCCAUAUGGUAGAAGCCAGGGUAACUAAUUCUAGUAGUGGCUGUUUUGCCAGGCUAAAGUACAUGGCGAUCGAUUCCCGGAAGACGGCAACAAGCUAGUAUACUCCAAGGCAGUUCUGUCCUUUGUACAGUUCCUCAAUGAUCCCGAGAUAUUUCCACUCAGCGCAAGGUUUUGUAAGCGAUGGAUCGCUCUAUGUGAAGCUGUACUCAGACCGUUUACAUACAACGUAUCUCUCAGAGCAAUGAGACGCUAGUUAAAUCCAUAGUAUUCGGAGCUUCGCAUGUGAUCACCUGCAUCCUUUAAAGCAGUGCGAUACCUAACAGGUCAGAUUCCAAUCCCGGCACAUAUAUCUUAUUACUCUACUGUUGCAGGCUCGCUCAGGUGCAACGCAGAGGGCGGAUACAUGCGUUCUUCAUCACAUCUAACGAACCAUCGGUUGGCGUUCUAUCGGCGCGGGGUUAAAGGGCGCAUAAGUCAUCAGCCUGAUCUGGAUGACCGAAAGCCCACCGAUUGUGGUCAUGAUUUAUUGAUUGCGAACCGAGGCAGACUAAUACAUACCGAUAUCAGAGUGAUAGAGUUGAACAAUGACAAAUGCGAACGGGAAAGUUCAGAGCAAAGGGCGAGGCGCUCCCAUAGAUACAACCCCAUGAACUUUCUUGGUCGUAUCUAGCACAUUGACUUGAUAUUGCUUAGUAAAACCAUGGUUGCAUGGGAAUAAGAGACCCAGACGUAAUACUGUAGCACAAAGUAAGCAACAUCUAACGCCGAGCAGAAAGCCUGGGGGACGCGGUUCUCUCGUUUCGUGGGUUGCAAAAUGGUUCGCCAUUUCUUUGCCUCGCUUGCGAUCAUUACACUAUACCGAGCCUCAAGCCAAGAUUGAGUACUCCAACAUAAAUAAUAUAAGGUCCCACGAGGUGGUGAUGAGAGAAAACCGUGCAGCUCAAGUCCAUUUGAAGAUAUCGCAAGACACAACGCUUCAGAUAUCAAAAGCUACGUCGAAUUCACCUCUAAAUUAUUCGUUUUGAGCUUUGCUAAUCCUCCGGGCAGUGAACACCACUUCCUCAGCCGAUACGCAACUAAACUUGGGCAACUAUCAAAGUAUUAGCACGGGUGACAUUACUUCCUAAAUUCGUGGUAAUUCUUCGCAAGUCUUGAAAGUCAUCGAAAGUCAUCGAAAGUUACGCAAGUGUAACCUCGAAAGUGCUCCACAUUCUCAAUCAACAACACGAUACCAUCAUGUCUACUAUCUCCAAUGAUGAUGCUUCACAAGAGGAAAAUCAAUCAAUGAUCGCUCUACACGAUUAUACCGACGACGAACGACAUGUCAAUAAUAUUCGUCCAUAUCCCAACCUUUUCAAUGAUGUUCCCAUCGCCAGCUUUCCACAAGAAGAGUGGUAUACCGAUGUUGAUAGCCCAAUGUCAUAUAAAGACUACCAAAAGUCUAGCAAAAGAAGUGUCGAUACAAUCCUCUGCCACACUAGGACCCAUUUCGACACCUCCGGCCAAGUCCCCGACCACCCUCAUCCAACCAUCAUCCCAGAUGCACGUGACCUGUACAAUCCCGAGUCCCCUAGUUUGAUGGUUGCCUCACCGCCGAGCGACCACAGUGAUAAUCUGCAUCUCACCAUAUCCUAUACCACCAUGGUGCAAGACCACCAUGUGGCCGACAGGCAUAAAAACGGUAUUCUCGAUAUACCCUCACACGAGACUGUAUCCUCCGGCUCGGUGGAAUCACUUCAACCAAUCAAUUCGGGGACCGUACCGGAAUACAACAUCCACAUCCAAUCUUGGUCCGCGCCUGACGCAAUCGGCGAUAACAAGGCGUCCAUUGCCGCUACACCAUCAUCUUUAGGCAAUAGCCCUAGUCCUUGUCAAGGGGAAAGGACUUUCUACGCCCCAGGCGGGAAUUCCUACAAACUGCAAUACUCAACUCCAGGCCCCUCCACUUCACCAUAUGAUUAUCCCGGAAGUCAGACCUUGUCUUUCUCCACCACAGCCUCGACCAUGCACACCAUCGUUACCGGACAAUUCUUGCCAAACAUGAGCAUCCAUACACCACCCGAAACUUUGCUGUUCCAUUCUCCGCACAUUCAUUACACAUCCGAUCAAACCCAACUUCAUUGCUGGAUAUCCCAAACAUCUGAUGAUAAUAUGCCUGUAAGUCCAUUCUAAUUUGGGAAAGUAGCCGUAGCUGUCAAAAAUUAUAGAUUAGACGCUAAUCGUUGUGUUUCUGUAGCCGGCGGAGCGAUUCGAAAAGUCCAAAUGGGCAUGUUAGAUUUUCGGUAAGAGGGGAAAGACGGCUGAGUUCAAUGCAACAUCAGUCUAUAAAUCUGCGGUGAAUUCUAGUACAGUAUGUACAACGCCUUGCUGGGAGCACUUAUUUGUGAGAGAUUGAUCGCAAAUCAACGUGACACGGAUGCGACAACUCGUGGCCCUCCAAGACACCAAAAAUACGAA